AUGGGAGCACAAGCUUAGCAAAGAGGUGGCAAUCAUACUUCAAGUUAGCCAUUUGCUGGUAAAAACGGUACUCAUCCAGAAAGAUAAGCUCCAAAUAUUAAUAAUACUACUGGUAGUCUUCCAUCUAGGAGAAAUGAAUCAUAAAACUCAACUGGAAGACCUGCUCCAAGAGACCUUGGUAUUUUUGACACUCUAUUUGGUAAGAAAAAGCCUGUUAACGACAAAAAAAAUAAUACAGGGGUUCUUCCAGCAAACAACACUCAUAAUGACACUAAUGGAACUAAAUUUCCACCUUGCAAUAAUGUCUCCACUACUAACUCUACUCCACUUCAUCCUGAAAAUCGCACGAAUAAUACUGAUAAGAAUGGCACUAAAUCACCAGGCCCAGGUGGAAAGCCAAGAAUGCUUCACUUGAGAAAUGAUACCAUAAAUGGUACUCAUAACCAUACCGAUCUUAACCUUACCAACUGCACUAACGCUACAAACGGAAAAAAUAAUGGAUCAAAGCCAGCAGGUGGAAAAGGCAAGGGAGGUAGAAAAUUAAAUGGACCAAAUCGUGAUUCAAAUGCUACAAAGUCUAGAGACAACUCAUCAUUAUCAAAUGAGACUCACAAUGACACUGAUGCAAGUAACUCAACCAAGGGUCCAAAAACAAGUAAACUUGAUAACUAAUUAGAUGAUGCAGCUGAUGAUGAAGGUAAUUUAGACGAAGAUGCCGGUUCUGACCCCAGUGAUCACAGAGCACCCCCACCUACAGAUUUCAGAGAUGAAGCUUCAAAAUAAGAUAAGCAAAGAUCAAACAGUCCUAAGACUAAAGAUCUUCUUAGACAACUAAGAGAAAGCAUUUCCCAACAGUGA